AUGCCGGCUACGACCUCGCCCACGCUGGUCUCGCUUGGCCUCGACCUACUGUGCCUCCGCCGGCCAGCCACGACCAGCCCGGCCACGACUUCGCCCGCGCUGGCCCCGCUUGGCCUCGACCUACUGCGCCUCCGCGGGUUCGAGGGCGCCACGGCCUCGCCUCGCUCAGGACGUGAGAAGCCAACGCCCAACGGCCGGCACUCCCACAAACACACUGCGGCCGCCCCGCCGCAAACAAACGGGCACCCAAAUCAGCCGCCGCCCAUCUCCAGUCCCCUACUUGCCGGCAGAAGCUCAGAAGACUCCCUGUCUCCCUCCCUUCCACCGCCGGCCAUGAAACCUCCGCCACUGCCCGCGUCCGCCAAGGCCCCGCCGCUCCCGUGGAUCUCGCCUCUCCAGUACCGCAGCCCCACCCGCGCCGCGCCGCCCCCGCCCCCUCCGCCGCCCUCCUCGCGGCCGCCGCGCUACGUCGACCACCCGGACCUCGCGCGCCUCAUCGCCUCCUCCCAGUCCGGGCAGCGCGCGCUCGACCUCUUCAACGCCGCCGCCCAGCAGCGCGGCUUCUCGCACACCGCGGCCACCUUCUCCGCGCUCCUCAUCCGCCUCGCGCGCGCGCGCCUCCCGUCCGCCGCCGCCGCCGUCCUCCGCCGCGCGGCCUCCACGCCCUGCCGCUUCCUCGAGCCGCACUUCCUGCCGCUCCUCCGCCUCCUGCCACCCGACCACGCGCUCACGCUCCUCCGCCUCCUGCCCUCGCUGCUCCGCCGCAGCCGCGUCUCGCACAAGGCCCUCGCCGUCUGCCUCGACCGCCUCGUCUCCUCCCGCUGCCCCGGCGUCCUCGCCGACCUCAUCGCCGACCUGCGCGACCCCAGGAACAAGUACCUCCCCACCCCCAACACCUGCGUCUACAACAUCCUCAUCAAGCACUACGUCAAGAGCGGCGACUCGGAGACCGCCUUCAGGGUGCUCGACGAAAUGCGCGUCUACGCUUGCGGCGACGUGAGCCCAGACCUGGUCACCUACUCAACCCUGAUCGGCGGGCUGUCUCGUGCGGGUAAGAUGCAGGAAGCGUUUCAACUGUUCGAGGAGAUGAUCGAGAAAGACCACAUCGUGCCGGACCAGCUGACGUACAAUGUGAUCAUCGGCGGAUUCUGCAGGCUGGGGCAGGUGGAGAAGGCGCGGACACUCUUUGGAUUUAUGAGGAAGAAUGACUGCGAGCCGAAUGCUUUCAACUACGCCACCCUGAUGAAUGGGCAUUGUAGGAAAGGGGAGGUGGACAACGCGAAGCAGGUGUUUGAGGAGAUGAGGACUGCUGGGGUGGAGCCAGACGCUGUCAGCUACACGGCGCUGAUCGGGUGCCUUUGCAGGCAUGGGAGUGUCGACGAGGGGAUCGAUCUUGUGAUGGAGAUGAGGGAGAAGGGAUGUAAGGCUGAUGUUGUCACAUACAAUUUGCUGAUCGAGGGGUUGUGCAAAGAUGGGAGGAUGGUGGAAGCCAUGGACUUGCUCGGGAGAGUGCCACUGGAAGGAGUUCAGCUGAACGUCGCAAGCUAUCGGAUUGUGAUGAAUAGUCUGUGCUCACGUGGAGAGAUGGAGAAGGCCGUUGGCUUGCUGGGGCUGAUGCUCGGACGAGGAUUUCGACCACACUAUGCAGCCUCAAACACCCUGUUGAUUGGUCUGUGUGACGUUGGCCGUGUAGCAGAUGCCACGGUCGCGUUGUAUGGAUUGGCCAAAGUUGGAUUCAUGCCAGAGGCUAGUUGUUGGGAAAAGCUGAUCGAGGCUGUGUGCCGGGACAGAAAGCUUAGGAGAUCUGUUGAGCUUCUGGAUGUCUUGAUUACAGAAGGGUAAGCAAGUGAACUCAGCGCCCAGUAUGGCUCAAUAUUUUUACCUGAAAGAGGAUGCAAAUCUAGUAUGAAGAUCGCUCAACAAUGGAGUGAUGACAGAGUGAAGAAAGCACUUCCACGCAAGAUGAUUAUGAUCUAUAUGCAAUCCAGAACUGAUCACAAGCAAGAUGCAGUCCACAAAAUAACGCAGGGCACGUGUGAUCUGCAACAGAACCUUGUUCACAAUCAAACUACAACAAGGCUGGCAUCCUGGGGAAGUUUGCUACGAUAAAGUCCACAACCAUUCUGAGUUGGAGCAUUGAUUACUUCGAUGUUUUCGUGCCCAUAUCAAAAUAAUUGGCAUCAGCGCUGACCAAGGAAACUGAAGAUGAAAUAACCAUGUGGAAGACAGGUGCUCAUUUUCCUGGCGUGUCUUCUACUCAGUCUCAGGUAGAUUUACCUGGCUUAAUGCUGACCAAUUGUCAGAUCACUGAAACAACCUUUCAUGAAUUGCACCCAUCUCUCAUCUUCUUUUUUCAUUCUUUUGCUGUCUCAAUGAGACUCUUAUCGCCCAUGGUAUCUAAUUGUAGUUAUUUGCUUCAGCACACAUGUUUUAGAAAGGAAAUAGUUAUUAUCCAGAUAUGAUAUGAUUGAGAUUUUUUCCUUGGACAGAAAUCUUGUUCAUUUUGGGAACUCAGUUCUCAUGAACACGCUAGCUACUCAUAGCCCCUCAUUUCUCAUUACACCCUCCUUCGAUUUGUAACACAACACACACCACAAUUCACAUGCACAACCGAGUCUUGCAUAAACAGUCUCACGCACCACAGAUACACCACAUGACACAUAUAAAUGUACCAAUUGAUAACUUAGAAGCAAGCAUAAUAAAUGAUUUCAGCCAGCGGCAGCAACAAAGAAGGUGGCAUGCAGAAGAAGGUCGACCACAAGAGCUGGGGCGCGGGUCAGUCGCGGCAGACUGAACUCUUGGGCUUGACGAUGAACUUCAUCUGGCCAGCGUUGCAGUGGAUGCCGCCGCGCUCGCCGCAGACGAAGUAGUGCAUCUUGCGCUUCUUGAGGACGAACUCGAAGCCGGAUCCGGCGCCCUGCAUCACGUCGGCCACCAGCUUGGACGCGUUGAGGUUGCACGAUUGGUAGUCCGCCAAGUUCUUCAUCAUGUACACGCUGUGUGCGUGCGUCGUCGUGUUCGGCGGGUCGUACCUGAACACUGCAUAUGCACGCCCAUCCAAACCCAGUAUAAAUAGGAGCCGCCGAGGAGUUACAGGACGGAGCUCUGGAGUGUGCGUGAUGAUGGUGCAAAGUUGACUUGCGCCGACCCCGAGUUCCGACCAGGUCGACAGAAAACAGCUCGAUGGGUCGUUGUUUAGUUUUCAGAUCAGACAGUUAAAGCGGCAAUGCACUUAGGCUCCUCUCGUUUGGGGUUGGUCGUAACGUUGGUGCGCCAUUAGCGACCUGAGCGAGCGUGCUUAGUGGCGGCACGAAUAAGGGGGGUUUGGUGAGCAUCAGUGGUGCGGAGCUUAGCGGCAGUAGCAUCUACCGUCCGUCCCCUUCCCUCUCCAGUCAUUUCUACGUCGCCGCUGAGGUGUUCCCCUAGUGCAGGGUCAUUACUCAUUAGGCAUGGAUGAAUGAUUAACUUAGAGGAUUAAGGGGGCAUGGCCAUGAUAACUGUGGAGGAUUAGGGUGGCGCGAUUGGUCCAUGUAGUACGUACUUUUGUGCGUUUAUUACUAUUAGGCAGCAGAGUAUAUUUGCAUACGUUGUAGUAAUACAAUGGUGCUUGCUGCCUUCAUGGUCGCGUCAUGCUGAGACGAUGAGUGUUGCUUUCAGUAAGUGCUUAAUGUGUGGCUGUAAAUUAAUAA